AUGAGACAAAACACCAUCCUCGCAGCGAUCGCGGGCUUCGCGACCGGCUGCCAAGCGUGCGGCAGCUGUUUUGGUCCCAUCAACAGGGUUGAGCAUGUCCGUCAUGCGAAGCGCAUGCAGCCUGAUGCCCACAAUGCGACCUACGGUCCGACCCGCGGAUCGCUCGAAUGGGGCCAACUCAAUUUCUUGCAUACUACGGACACGCACGGUUGGUUGGAGGGUCACCUGACGGAGACCAACUACGGCGCCGACUGGGGCGACGUUGUCUCCUUUACUGCCCAUAUGCGAGCCAAGGCCAAGGAGCUUGGCGUCGACCUUCUUGUUGUGGACACUGGCGAUCUACACGACGGUGCUGGCUUGAGUGAUGCGACUGCUGUGGACGGUGAACUGUCCAACAUCGUCUUUGAGAAGCUUGACUACGAUCUCUUGACGAUCGGCAACCAUGAGUUGUACUACGCGGACAUUGCGUACCAAGAUUACAACGACUUCUCGAAAGCCUGGGGCGACAAGUAUCUCACCUCCAACGUGCAGAUUCUGAACACCACCACCGAUGAAUACCAGUAUCUAGGCAACCAGUACCGGUACUUCACCACCGAGAAUGGCCUCAGAAUCCUGGCCUUCGGCAUCCUGUUCGAUUUCAAGGGCAAUGCCAACGUGACCAAGGUCAUCCCGGCCUCUACCAUGGUGAACGAGACGUGGUUCACAGACCUUGUUGCGACCCCUCCCGGACCAGUCGACCUGUUCCUACUCAUCGGGCACAACACAGCCGCCAAGCAAACCUCAACAGGCACAUUCGGUUACGUCCACGAUGCUCUCCGCAAGGUCUACCCAUCCACCCCGAUCCAGAUCUUCGGCGGCCACAGCCACAUCCGAGACUUCCAGGUCUACGAUGAGUCUUCCACGGCCCUCGAGUCCGGGAGGUACUGCGAGACCCUCGGGUGGCUCUCGAUGAGCGGGUUCAGUGCCAACAACAGCGGCUUCACUGGCACCUCCGCGCCAGCAGGCGUGCCAAACCCGACUACGAAGGCGACGAACACGUCCACCGCACCCUGGACCUACUCGCGCCGGUACCUGGACUGGAACCGCCUCACGUUCGAGUACCACGCCUCCGGCUCGCAGAUCAACUACACCACCAACGACGCCGCCUUCGACACGCCGCUCGGCAUGAACACGACGGACCUCAUCACCGAGUACCGCCAGCAGCUCAACCUCAGCACGCAGCUCGGCUGCUCACCCCAGCUGUGGUGCCAGUCGUGCGCCGAGUUCAACAGCUCGGGCAGCAUCUACAGCCUGCUGACAGAUGCUAUGAGCGCGGUGGUCGUGAACGAGAACCGGACGGACAAGGCGCGUGUGAGCGUCAUCAACACUGGCUCGGUCCGCUUCGACCUGCACAAGGGGCCCUUCCUCUAUGAUGACGCCUUCAUCGUGUCUCCUUUCGACGACAUCUUCGUCUAUAUCCCUGAUGUGCCUUACUCCGUGGCCAGCGGAGCUCUGGACUACAUCAACGCCAACGGCGACGUCUGGAAGCGCUCCUCCACAGGCAGCACCCCCCUCGUGUCCCACGACACCUGCGUAGACCCCUUCGUCUCCGAACUAGCCAGCCUCGAAAUCCGCGACUACGCGCACCAGCACGGCGGCCACACCCGGCGCCAGAGCACCGUCUCCACCACACAAGGCUACGUGACGACCGACGCCUUCGGCACCGACGGCGACGACACGGCGCACUCCGCCAUCGCGGACUACGACUACCCGCACUUCUUCCAGGCGCUGGGCGGGUUUCCGAGCAACGGCAGCCUGCCCGACGUGGUGGACCUGAUCUUCAUCGACUACAUCCAGCCCGACAUCCUGGCGUACCUCGGCUCGGCGUAUUCGGCGGACGAUGUCUCGUAUUAUAUUGACGAGACCUUCUCCACGCGGACCUACCUGCCGCUGUAUGUGCAGUCGUCUGAGGCGUUCCAGCAGAACCUGGAUAACUGCACUAUCUACUGA